ACAAAAGUGAAAUUGUGCAGGAAAUUCCGCACAAAUACACAACUGGAUUGGUACGUCAUUGCACAGCAGGAGUAUGGAGUUGUCUACCGAUAAGGUAUUUGACUGUGGCAGCAAAUGUGAACGUGAAAACAAGCAUGACAUGAUGUUGGAUUUGAGUUUGAAUGAUCAGAAAACCGAGAAUCUCUUUGCAGGCUCCGAUCAAACGCCGACGCCAACACGACUCAUACGCAAUUGUGAGGAAGUGGGACUGUUCGAAGAUCUGCAGCAUGUCAAUCCAUUCGAGGAGACCUUUCGACGCGCUUGUGAGCAACACAACGGUCAGACACCCAUACGUCAACUGGAUUCAGUGGAAGUGCAUGCCGAUGAGGACUCACUACACACACCACAAGUGUAUCCACACCUGGAAGCGAUACAGAGCUGUGCAGAAAUGCUCAGCAAACCGCUGGACAGUCCCACUUCGGCAACGGUGACGCUGGACGUACCCGUCGUGGAUGAGAUAUUGAACGCGGCAACGGAUGCAUACAAAAUCGGUACGUCACGACAGAACUCAAACAAUUCGACCACUUCGUCGGGUGGUUAUGGCAAGAUUUAUAAAUAUCGCACAAUUGCCGAAAAACCAGCACCAGAAGUGCAAAGCGACGCACGUUUGCCAUACAUACAGCUACCCACAACAGCGAUACAGUUCAUACAACCGCAGUUGAUUACACUGACUUUCCCCGAAAGCAAUGCCAACAAAACGCUGGGGAAUACUUUAGAAGCCAAACCAAUGGGUGCCUUAGCGACAAAUGCAAUACCUAUACAGACUGUCAAACCAUUCAUAAUGCCAAAAUUAGCACCUGCGCCAACAACUGUCACCACAAAAAAAUCAACAACAACAACACAACUGCCACCAUUGAGAACCAAAACUUCCAGCAACACCACAACAACUACAACACUUGCCACUAGCGCUAGCGUUACUGCCACAACAGUCAAUCAACCAACGCUGACACCAACACCACAUGAACCGAGUAGCGCCAGCCUUACACCCACUUCACAACUACCCAUCAAAGAGCGGCUUAAGGCCAUACUGAGUCUGGGCAAUAAAACAAACGCGCCGACAGCGCCAUUGCCCGUCACCAAGGGCAGUAGCAACACAAAACGUGUGCGUGGUGCGCCUGCUGGUGCAUGUAAGUACGAUGAGGACUGCAUGGUGCGUCGACGUGCGGCAGCGACGCGCUACCGCAAUAAAAUGCGUAACGAACAUAAAGAUUUGCGGCGACGCAAUGGUGAACUGCAAGCGGAAAAUGAGAAAUUGCGCGCACACAUCAAACAGCUGGAGCAGGAAUUGGCAAAAAGUCAACAACAACAACAGCAGCAGCAAAUACUGCAGGCAACAAAUGGUGGUUUACAAACGGUGCCGGCACAAGUACAAAUACCACCAUCAACAUUGCAUCUGGUAAUGAAUAUACCAACAAUGGUUGUGCCUUCUGGUGGACAACCAUCACUGGUACAACCGAUAACAUAUCGUGUGGAGAAGAAAUGAGAGCUUUAAGUUUAUACAACUGGAAAAUAUGUAGCUUAGAAGUCUUCCAUAAAGACAUGAAAUUGAGGUUAUGUGACUUAAAUGCAUAUACAAUUAAAAAAAAAAUAGUGAAACUAGUUUAGUGUUAGGCGUAUAUUAGCACAAAGUGCGUUUGUUAUAAAUAUAUGCUUAUUUAGCAAUUAUAAUAGGCGGUUAUU